GGCCAGGCCCGGAGGCGGACCUAGGGAAGGGCGUUCGGCGGGCGAGCUUUGGCGGCUGGCGGCUGGCGGCUGUCGGCUGGGACUCCAAGCACCUUGACCCUGGCGCGAGGCGGCGUCGCGCACGCUUACAGGUGCCCGCGCGGGGCCGCGGCUCGGGCGCCCUCCCGUUGGCCGAGAAGGAGGAGGGGGCCGUGUUGGCGUCCAGCCCCUCACGCCCAGGAUGGACGUACCGGCCCGGGUGUCCCGACGAGCUGCGGCGGCGGCGGCCAGGAUGCUCCUACGUACUGCCCGCGUCCCUCGCGAGUGCUGGUUCCUGCCGACCGCGCUGCUCUGCGCCUACGGUUUCUUCGCAAACCUCCGGCCGUCAGAGCCGUUCCUCACUCCCUACCUGCUGGGGCCGGACAAGAACUUGACCGAGAGACAGGUCUUCAAUGAAAUUUAUCCAGUGUGGACAUACUCUUACCUGCUGCUACUCUUCCCCGUGUUCCUUGCCACAGACUACCUCCGUUACAAGCCUGUCAUUCUACUGCAGGGACUCAGCCUUAUUGUUACAUGGUUCAUGCUGCUCUAUGCCCAAGGACUGCUGGCUGUUCAGUUCUUGGAAUUCUUCUAUGGCAUUGCCACAGCCACUGAAAUCGCCUACUACUCCUAUAUCUACACUGUGGUCGACCUGGGCAUGUACCAGAAAGUCACAAGUUACUGUAGAAGUGCCACCUUGGUGGGCUUUACAGUGGGCUCUGUCCUAGGGCAGAUCCUUGUCUCCGUGGUGGGCUGGUCACUGUUCAGCUUGAACGUCCUCUCCCUCACCUGCGUUUCUGUGGCCUUUGCUGUGGCCUGGUUUCUGCCUAUGCCACAGAAGAGCCUCUUCUUUCACCACAUCCCUUCCUCCUGUCACGGAGUGAAUGGCCUCAAGGUACAAAAUGGCGGCAUCACUAAUGAUACCCCAGCAUCUAACCAUCUUCCUGGAUGGGAGGACAUUGAGUCAAAAAUCCCUCUAAAUUUAGAUGAGCCUCCGGUGGAGGAACCGGAGGAGCCCAAGCCAGACCGGCUGCGGGUGUUCAAAGUCCUGUGGAAUGACUUCCUGAUGUGUUACUCCUCCCGCCCUCUGCUCUGCUGGUCCGUGUGGUGGGCCCUCUCCACCUGCGGUUAUUUCCAAGUGGUGAACUAUGCACAGGGAUUGUGGGAGAAGGUCAUGCCUUCUCAGAAUGCUGUCAUCUACAAUGGCGGUGUGGAGGCUGUUUCAACCUUGCUGGGUGCAAGUGCUGUGUUUGCGGUUGGUUAUAUAAAACUAUCUUGGUCAACUUGGGGAGAGGUGACGUUAUUCCUGUGUUCUCUCCUGAUUGCUGCUGCAGUGUACAUCAUGGACACCGUGGAGAACAUUUGGGUGUGCUAUGCAUCCUAUGUUGUCUUCAGAAUCAUCUACAUGGUACUCAUCACCAUAGCAACUUUUCAGAUUGCUGCAAACCUUAGCAUGGAGCGGUACGCCCUUGUGUUUGGAGUGAACACCUUCAUUGCUCUGGCCCUACAGGCUCUGCUCACUCUGAUUGUGGUAGAUGCCAGGGGCCUUGGCUUGUGCAUUAUUACUCAGUUCCUGAUUUAUGCGAGUUACUUUGCAGCCAUCUCUGUGGUUUUCCUGGCUAAUGGCAUAGUCAGUAUUGUAAAGAAAUGCAGAAAGCAGGAAGAUCCCAACUCCAGCCCUCAAGCAACCACUUCCUAACGUGCUCCCGGAAUGCUGCUGCUUCCAAGCAAGGACUCUGCACAGUAACCGCUUGGAUGUACUUACACUCUCUGUGGUUCAGAUAACUAUUUAUGAAUGUGUAUCUCAUGCCUUCAAAGCAGCUACUCAACUAACACCUUGUACUCUUGGGGUUAGUGCAAUACUGUUGAGGGAGGCCAGAACUGAAGCUGUUUUUCAUGGCUUAUUUUUGAGCAGUAAUUUAAGAAUGACUUCUUCUAAUUCAAAAAACCCCACAAAACUUGAUUUUGGAAAACCGAGUAAUGAAGCAGCACGUCUGCUCUUUCCUUGAUUAGCAUGUGAGUGUGAUGCUUUUUGUCACAUUUGUCAUUCACCCAGACCUGUAGCCUGGUGGGACCAGGGCUUCACAAGCCGCAGGAUGGUAGAAGUCACGAUAGUCGUGCGUUCUGUCAGCACUCGCCCCAUCCAGCCUCAUUUUGAUUUCAGUGUUAUUUGUGCGCACGUGUAUGUCUGCAGAUGGAAAUCGUUUCUUACUGGCAAUAUCUGCUCAGGUUUAAUGUUCUGUCUUCUAAGGAGUGUUGUCUAAUUUUAUUUUUAAAAUUCAUUGUGUGAAUGUUAGUGCUUCCCAUUCUGACCAUUGUACAUUUUGGAAACUUUCUUUAGAAGUACAUUUGUGCAUUAUUCAUAUGCUUCCCGGAGAAGCUCAUUUCAUUAGAAAAGGCACAUUUUAAAGCCUGCUGAUACCUGAGGAAGGCUAGUCAGGUAGGCUUGUUUGUCUUUAAUACUUCAGUAUGAAGGACUCUCGAUUGCAAUUAAAAAGGUCAUUUGUAGGUUAGAGAUACAGAGAGCCCAUUUUAUAUUUACAUCCCCUUUCCUUUCCAAAACAAGAUGAACUCUUUUUUCUUUGAGUAUCAUUCCCAUAUGCCUCUCAUCAUCUUGGCUUUCUUAGCCAAGAUCAAGAUGUCAGUAGGAACUGGAUUAUUCCACAGGCUUUUUUAUAAACUGAGCCUCUUUUUAAUGAUUUUAAUGGGGUUGGAACUAGGAUAGACCUUAGACCUGCUUUUGUUCCUCAGGGUAGAUCAUCUUGAGAGUUAAAGCAUUUCUUCCUUACUUGAAAGAGUGAUGUUCUGUAUGCUGAUAUUUGUGAGGCAUGGAAACUGUCGUCUUGUCGUGCAACAGAUCCGGGUAGGUGCUUUAAUGAGAGUGUUGACUUUUUAAGACCGACGUCGCUAAACAGUAUUAUUAAUACUGAGAUUGCAAAACUGCAGCUUAAUGAAUACGUGGAAGACCCUGGGUCAAGUACUAGCACUGGGAAGACCAAACCGCAUAGGAAACAUGAGGAUAGCACAGGUCCGUGGGUCUUCCUUUGCAGCUCGGGAGAGGAGAACACUUAGGAGAGGGAGAGCUAAGGUCAGAGUAGCCUUACAUUUAACGUCCGAGCUUACAUUUUGGUCUCCCUCCUCCCACCGUUUCUUGUUGCUCUGUAGGAUGUUGGUUGCCCAGAAACAAGAAGAAACGUGAUUGAGAAAUUUUAUUUUGUUUUUUAAAAUAAUAUGUAUUAUGAUACAAUCAAAUUGUUCACAUUGCCAAAGCAAUAUUUACUUGGAAUUUAGUUAACUAUUUGUGGCACUUAAUCUGAUCCUUCUUACCUGUCUAAAUCAAGACUAUGUUCACGUACUACUAUGUGGCCAUGUUUGUGGAAUGCAAAACCCAAUGUGCUGUACUGUUUGCACUUUUAUGCAGAAGUGGAAAUAAUCUGUUGCACUUUUUAUUCAAUCUGUAUAGACUAUAAAACUAUUUUUAUUAAAUAAAUAUUUUACAGUAUA